UCCGUCGCCCAACUUCUCGAUGCCUUGACUUAUUUACAGUCACUUUACCAUCCAGAAGUCCGUGGCUCGCGUCGCCAACGUGUGCAGGUACCUGUAUCUAAUGGAGAGCAAAAUUACGCCUUCGCCUAUGAAGAUGAUAGCGAACUCCAAGCUAUCCGAUCUGACGCAUUCGAGCGCUCAUAUUCCACUCGCUGGCUUACCACUCUAAUCGCACAGCUCGAGGUCUGGCAAGACUUAUCGCACUCCGACGAAGUCUUAUUGGAUGAUCUUGGGACGCCAGAGCCUACCUUGGCUUACACAGAGAUACUCGUCCAACAAGCCGCGUCGCUGCUCGCGAUUGGUGUCGGGGAUCGCUGCUGCUGGAAUGAUCACCCACGGGCAGAGACGAGUGGAAGCUCAGCUCACAGAUAUUCUGCUGGACAAUAAUGACUGCGGGAGUGUGGGAGUGCAGACAUGGGGCGCGGCAUGUGUCUUGGCAGAAAUGGUUCUCGAAGAUCCUGAGCGGUUUGGACUGGAUUCUUCCUCUCACGGCCCUGAAUCACGCAGGCUCAACGUCCUUGAGCUCGGAGCAGGAACAGGGUUGGUUAGCUUAGUGGUUAUGAAAUUACUGGAUACAUUGCCAUCUUUCAACCAUCGCGAGGUUCAUGUGGUUGCGACCGAUUUCCAUCCUUCUGUGUUGGCCAACCUCAGGUCAAACGUUGACGCGAAUGUCUCCUCCACGCACAAUCAAAUUACUUCAACCCAUUCCAUUACCACUCAUUUCCUCGACUGGUCAUCAUUCUCUACUACUCCUCGACCGGAUUGUCUUUCGUAGCCAUUUGAUGUGGUCCUUGGUGCAGAAGUGCGAAAUCUAUAUCAUUAAUACUACUGCAAGUCUUACGAUCCCGCCGUACAGGACUCACUCGACACUGCGGCAGAAGCUUAACAGGGUAAAAGACGAUAGGUUAUGGGAUCCUCACUCGACACCAUAAACCAGCAACACUUGAGAUUGCUGUCGACGAGAAAGGAAAGUUGCUUGCCGCAACCCGCUAUGCUCAAGGUCAGCUGCAGUGGUACAUGCGAGGAAGCUGGGAGAUGAUGCAUAAGUUGAGGGUGCUGAGAGCCUGAGAGGAGUGGCACAUCGCAUGCGUGCUAACGCCAACUUGGCGUCCAUUCGAUGCAGAGAAGUUCAGUAUACUAUUUGACGCGAAACUUACCAUCUUCCAAGCGCAGAAGCACAGUUUACGACAUUGCUCAUAUAACUAGGGUAUACAUUAAAUAAAAUUGAAGAAUCGAUAAUAG